GGCGUGCGGCACUUGUAGCAGCGAGCCAGCUGAUCCGGGUACACGAUCUCUGGGAACUGCAAGCAUGCCUGUGGUUUACCCCUUUCUACAGUUCCGGGGAUUUCCCACGUUGUUCGGAGAUGUAAGGGAUACGAAUGUUACCUUUGUUAUUGACACUUCGGAAAGCAUGCAAGCUCAUCUCAGUACAGUCAAAUAUCACCUUGUGGAAACGCUUCUGGCUAUGGCGUAUAGUACAAACUGCGGGCGCUUUAACAUUGUGGAAUUCUCAAAUAAGGUUACCAAAUGGUGUGACCGUCUAGUAGCAUGCUCUUCUCAGACAAUCUACAACGCAAUACAGUGGGUUCAAUCCCUCUACUGUACACAGGGAAGGAAUCUCCUUGGUGCAUUAACUGCUGCAUUUCACGAUCCAACAUGUAAGGCCAUUUACCUGGUGACAAAUGGCUUACCUGACAAUCCAUUAAAGGAUGUUUUUCAUGUGGUACCUUAUAUGUCACAUGGUCGUCCAGUGCACAUUUUCUAUUUAUCAGAUAAAUGGAUAGACAGCGAAUGCCAAGACUUCCUGCAGAGAAUUGGCGGACUUACCCAAGGCAGUGCUCACCUCAUUAGACUCAACAACUCUGGAGAUAUCAAACAGGUGAUUCCUAUUUAUGCAACAGACCUCACAACCUCUGGGCCCUUGUAUUCUGAUCUAAAGUACUGCACUGUAAAAAGAACGCUGGAUAACAACCCAUACACUGGCUCAUGGGUAACAGGUUGUGACCUAAAAGCCUUUGAAACUCAUCCAGUCCAUGUUUGCAACCCUCAGGUGACUACUUGUAUCUGCAAAUGUAUUCAUCCAUGGGCCAGACCUCUUGCAUCAAGUCAAUUAAUUCUUGGAGCCUCUGUCCUAGCAAGACGAGAGUCUGAUGGAUUCUAUUACCAUGGCACAAUCAAGCAAGAAGUGGAGGUAGGGAAAGGAUUGUUCCUGGUUGAGUUUGACAAAUCUACUAAAGAUCCAAGAGAGAAGUGGCAAGUCUCUGUGCAGAAGACUGCACUGCAUGAUAUAAUUCUGUACAACGAGGCCAUGAGGCAUUCUGUGCUCUCAGGUGAUAAAGUAUUAGCACCUUGGGAACCAGAUGAAACCAGAUAUGGUCCUGGAACAGUGGCAUUUGGCAUUGAGACCAGAGAUCCACUACAAGUAAUGGAAGAUGACGAUCUCUCUAUUAAAUUCUGGAAUGGAAAAACAGUCAAAGUUUCCAAAAAUGUGGCAAUGUGGAUUCCAUCUGCUUUGUAUGAAAGAGUGCAGAAAGAACUGCUUACUCCUGUAUCAGCCAGACAGCUUCAUUGUGAAGAAUUGAGUUCCUGCAAUGACGUUUGUCCAUAUAAGCCUCAGACUAUGCUGGUUCACCCAAACCACUUUGAACCAACAUACAUCAAGUCUGGAUAUUCAGUUCUCCCUGACCUCGACCCAUACGAUAAUUUCUGCCAUGGGUUUUAUUGUGGCUUCCAUGGUUUGCCAUCUCAUUCUGUGUGUUACUGUUUUCCACAAAUGAUUUCUCCAAUUGGAUGGUGGCCUGUAACUCCAAGAUCUACCAAAUCAACAGCAAUUGACAUUGAGGAGUUGGACAAGAAAAUUACUUCACAGCUUCAGGAAUUAGAUGUUUCUAAACCUAAAAAUCUUGAUGAAAACAUACUUUCUUCAUCAUCUUCUUCAUCAUCUGAAGGUUCCGAUAACAGCCCAGUGUUAAUUGUCAGCAAGCCUACUUUGGAAGACAGGGCGGUGAAUACAGAUUUUAAACUGUUGGAAAAACCAAGGACCCAAGUAGAAGACAGGCCAGAAUGGAAAUAUUGGAGUCAGACCCACCAAGAGCCACAUCGAAAGAAACCAGGAACAUCAUCUUCAAGUCUAUUAAAGAACUUUUCUAACUCCAGUCAGCUGAAUUCUUCCAUGGAGCUGCAGAACCUUGGACCAACAAAUUGCACAGCCGUGUUUGAAAAUGUUGAUUGUACGCAUCCUCUGAACAGAAUCACAAUGAAACAGGUUCUAACACAUCAAGAUCAUGAAAUCACAUCAGCAGCCAGGGCCCAGCCUCCACCAAUUCAGGAGCGCCUGGGAGAGAAUCAGUUAUCACAUGACUGCCAACAUGAGAAAGCAGUUCAAAGAUCAAGAAAGAAAAAACUACAAAUGCGUCAAUGGGAAAGAGAGAGAGAAGAACAAAAUGAAGACAAGUAUCAACAUAUUCAAGAACAACGCAGGAAGAAAGUAAUUCAGCGUUUGGAGAAUAAUUUCAAACAGGUAGCAGAAUGUGAGCACAAGCUGGAAGAAACAAACAGAGCAAAGCAACAUUUACAGCAGAAGAUUCAAACCAGGAUCCAGUCAAUAGCCUCAGAGGACAAGGAGAGAGAAGCUCGCAGAUUGGCAUACCACCAGCAAGUGACAGCAAGGAAGAAUCUGUCAGAGGCAGAAAAAGUGAAAGCAGAAGAGAUGAAAGAAAUCCAGCAGCAGGAGGCUAGAACGAAGCGAGUGGAAGAUCGCAAUAGAAUUGCAGCAGAAAGAUUCCAUGAAGCAGAGAAAUUGACUGAAGAACGAGAGACAGGAAGAAGAAAGAAUCAGUGUGUUUCAUCAUUUUAGACCUAUUCAACCAGGUUCAGUCUUUGUUACCACCACUGUAGCUCAGCUCCUUUUGAGCAUUCCAGAGCCUAAAUGCAUUUGCAAUUCCAAGAACCCAUAAGUAUCUGGGACAUGGCAUAAUGCUUUUUGUUUCCCAUUUUUAAUUUGAUUCUUUUUUAUUUCUCUAUUCUUCUUUACUCCUGACUUUUUAAAUCUUGUUCCUAAGUUAACCUAACUAUUGUUGCUAUGCACCUUGGUCAGUCCAAACUGCAGAGAGCUAGCAGGGUGUUGCCAUUCUACUUUGGAUUACAUAAUUGGGAAUAUACUGGAAUCAGAACAUCAAAAGAGUACACCUACAAUUCUUUUAAUUUGAACUGCGCCCCCCACACCACCCCACUAUUCAACCCUUAAAAGUUCAGUAUGGAUAAUAGCUACUAGCUUUGUUUUCCUCCUUGGAUUCAUGGCAUGUAGGCUUUGCAUGGCCUUUCCCAAGUUUGGCAGGGCUGGAAGAGGAGGAAGUUGGAGGAAUUGAAUACUUACGGAUGUGGUGCCAAACAAGUGGCUUUGUCCUGGCCUUUAUCUACUCUGCUGUCACACUGUUUAUAAAUGGUUCCAAAAUCUCCUAUCAACCUUCCCUUCCUUCAGAAUAGCAAAACAGCUUUGCCUAUUUAUCCACAUAAUCAAAGUUUCUCUUCUGGGAUCCGUUCUCAUUAAACUGGUGGUUUCAGAUGCGAUUAAUCUGUACAUCUUUCCUAAAGCACAGUUUGCAGAUUUAGACAAAAUUGGCCAGCUGAAGCCGAGCCAGCAUUUUAUAAAGGUUCACCAUAAUUUCGUUGCUUUAUAAACAGAGGCACGUGGUACUAAAGCCCAGAAGCCUGUACACCACCUCAAAACAUUCUCACCCUCUGUCCUUUCAUCGUAACAGUAAAAACACAUAUACCCUAAGAUAGGUUACUCCUUGCCCUUUGGAAUGGUAUCUUACCAAAGUGCAUAACUUCAUAUUUCUGUACGUUAAUUUCAUCUGCCUUAUGUCUACCCAUAUCACCAAUCUGUACAUGUCUUCCUGAAGUCCAUCGUUACCCACAUCAUUCUGUUAGUCAUCUCCAAACUCAAUGCUCUCCUGGUCAACCUUUAUCUGCCAUAAACCUAAGCCCAACUAAGAAUCUGUACUUGGCUCUUGAUUGCACAUCAAGUUCUGCUCAUCCAUAAUCUAUCCCUACUGACCUACACCAAUCCUAAUACCGCAAAUUUAAAAUGUGCAUCCUCAUGUCGAAACCCCUCCAUGGGCUUGAUUCUUCAGAACUAGUACCUCCUCCAGACCCAUAAACAGUCUUGACCUUAGCCUUCAUCUAUUAUGCCCUCUCCAAAGUUCUAUCAUUGACAACCUUUAGGUACUUGGAUAUGACUCUCUGCUUUACUUCUGCGUACAUCUCCAACUCCUUCACGUCCUUUAAAAAUACUUUAAAUGUUAUUCACAAAACUUUUGGUCUUAAGUCCUAAUUUGUGUCUUUGAUUCAACAUUCAUUUUUAAUCUUUACCUUUUCUGAAGCAUCCUGGGACAUUUUAUUUUGCAUUAAACGCACUAUACAAGUACAGUUUAGUCUUGUAAAAUACUGAGUUAAAAGGUAUGAAAUGGCACUGAU